CACUCUACAUGGCCGACCUCCUCUCUUGGGUCCUUUCAUGGGUCCCCGGCCUCGGCCCAGACCCGUUCUCGGCCUCUGCCAUGCGGACAGCGCUGCGGGCAACCAGUGUACGGGCAGAGCUGCUUCAGAGGCAGACAGACAAUCGGGUGGCUGCACUGGAGGCUGAUGUGGCUGAUUUGUUUCGCAAAGGCAAGUGCAGGCAUGCUCGGCUGCGUGUGGAGGCGAUCUUGGCCGAGCUCGAGACCUUGCAUGUGCUGGAGAUUGUGCAUCCGCUUGCCGAGCUCUGUCUGGCGAGGCUGCACUUGCUCGAGGUGCCUGCAGUGGAGGAUGAGCCUUUGUUGACUGCAGUUCGAUCGUUGGUCUUUGCCGCCCCGCGCGUAUCGCAGCUGAAGGAGUUGGUGGCUGUGGCGGAUCAGGCGUCGCGCCGGUUCGAGCCGGAGGUACUCGCGGUGCCUGCGUCAGGCGAGGGCGUUCAUGCCAGGCUCUAUGCGCUGCUCACGCGCAGCGCAUCGACGCCGCCUGUCGCGGCUGUCGACGCUCGUGUGGCACGCAUCGCCAAGAUCCACAGCCUGCCGGACGACGUGAUCGGCAGCAGCGAGAGUGGGGCCGGGCCGUCGGCCGGCCGCGAACGGCGCAUUCAGCCGCUGCUCGACGUAAUUGCUGGCCGCAUCGCGCGCCUUGAGGGUGGCGGCGUGCAAGAAUCAAGCUCCGCACAAGUCCUUGAGCUCCAGCUGCAGCAAGAAGCACUGUCCCGAGCGCUGAGCCACCCUCAGCCUGGCCCGUGCAGUUGCGGCGCUGCUAACGACGCAUGCUUUGUGCCGUGCGGCCACGGCGGAGUGUGCAAGGCGUGCCUUCCGGCCCGGGCAACGGGCCCGGACUCGAGUUGUGGCGAGUGUGGGUCGCCGAUCAUGUACAUGAUCGGGCUGGAGUGAAUGUGUUUGCAAAAGAAAGGAGAGUUACUGACAAAGACGGAAACAAGCUGCGUGGAGCUAGACCUUGAUGGCGCGCAGGUUGGUGAGGAUGUCCUUAAAGUCGGGACGAGCGGCAG